AUGAAAGCCAUCCAAGUGAAAGAGUACGUCAAGGACCCUCGCGACCUGCAAGUCAGCGAGAUAGCAGACCCCAAACCCACCCCCGACCAAUACACCAUCGCCGUCAAAGCCUCCGCAACCAACUUCUUCGACCUCCUCCAGAUUCGCGGCAAAUACCAGCAUCAACCACCCUUCCCGUGGGUCUCUGGUGCCGAGUUCAGCGGCGUGGUCACAGCCGUCCCCACCUCAGCAGCGAAGCGGCCUCCAAAGUUCAAUGUCGGCGAUAGAGUCUUCGGCACUGGCCAGGGAGGCUAUGCCUACAAAGUCUGCGCGGCGGAGUCGCAAUUGCAGCCUAUUCCUGAUGGCUGGUCGUUCUACGAUGCAGCGGGCCUCUUCGUGACGAUGCCAACCUCGUACGCUGCUCUAGUCAGUCGAGCGAACAUCAAGAAGGGUGACUGGGUUCUGGUCCAUGCUGCAGCAGGUGGUGUAGGUCUUGCGGCUGUACAGAUUGCCAAAGCACUCGGUGCAACUGUCAUUGCUACAGCAGGUACACAACAUAAGCUCGACGUCGCCAAAUCGUUCGGAGCAGACUACGGCGUGAUCUACACCGACGACUCCUGGCCGCAGAAAGUCCAAGACCUCACGCCAAAGAAGCGAGGCGUGGACAUUGUGUACGACCCGGUUGGUCUCAUCGAGAAGAGCACCAAGUGCAUAGCUUGGAAUGGACGAUUGCUCGUGAUAGGCUUCGCUGGUGGGCCGAUCGAGAAGGUUGCUACGAACAGGAUCUUGCUCAAGAACAUUGCAGUCGUGGGACUGCAUUGGGGCGCUUAUGCCAAGUUUGAGCCGGAGAUGCAGGCAAAGGUCUGGGAGGGCUUGCAUGUAUUGAUGGAGUCGAAGAAGAUCCGCGCAACGAAUUACACGGAUAAGGAGUACAAGGGACUGGAGAGUGUGCCGGCGGCGCUGGAGGCAUUGGGGGCUAGGGAGACUUGGGGUAAGGUCGUGGUUGAUUUGCCAGAGACGAGGGAGAGUAAGCUAUAG